AUGAGCUGGCUGCGCUCCAAGCUGCGGCAGGUGGCGGCGCGCGCGUCGGACGCGCUUGCGCAGGCGGCGGACAUGGUGGCGCCGACGCUGUACGAUUCGCGCGUGGACGAGUUCCACCACCGCUGGACGACGGUGGCGCGCUUCCUCGAGUCGGUGCUGUCGCGCGACCUGGAGCCGGCGGAGCAGCGGCGGCUGCUGCUCGAGAGCCACACGCGCGACUCGCUGCUCAAGCUGGUGCUGCUCAUCUACGAGGAGGAGAACAACUCGGACCGCUGGGAGAUGGUCAUGGCGCGCCCCAAGGCGGCGGCCGAGGACGCCGAGCCGCGGGGUCGCGCCCGCUCGCGCGCGCAGUCGCAGACGCCGCCGUCCCCGCCCCAGCAGCAGCAGGAGCAGGAGCACGCGUCGCACGAGUGCCUCGAGUACCUCCUGGAGAAGCAGAUCAUCCCGCACCUGUGCGAGGUCGGCCGAAGGGACCAGCCGUGCGGCAUCAUGUCGCUCGCCAUGCAGUUCGUGGGCGCGCUGCUGAGCCGCGUGAGCUACCCGAUCCUGCCCACGCGCGAGGUGCACGUGUCCGUGGUGGCGCUCAUCCAGGCGGCCGCGCGCAAGGAGGUGGAGGACCCGACGGUGCGCAAGUACCUCAUCAACCUGCUCAACAUCCUCUGGAAGAAGCUGCGCGGAGACCCCGUGCAGACCGAGUUCUUCUUCCUGCACGCGGACCGCCUCAUGAUCCGCACGACGGACAUGAACCCCAAGACGACGCUGGGCAGCGGCAGCAGCAGUCGCAUGCGCUCGGCCAGCGACGACCCGUUCCUGCAUCUGCACAACCACCACACGCAGAGCGAGGUGCCCGAGCUCAUCCUCUUCACGGGGCUGCUGCCGCACAUGUACGCGGUGGGUAAAGUGGGCGAGAAGUGUCGCGAGGCGCUCGUCAUCGCGGCGGCGGUGCACGACAAGGCGCUCUGCCGCUUCGUGCUGCAGCUCACGCCCUUCUGCCACUACGCGGUCAACGGCGUCAUCUCGGCGUUCGACGCGCUGCCCAAGACGCUGGCGUCCACGGCCAAGACGCCGGCCGCAGCUCUGAGCGCAGCCGACCCCGACGCCAACAUGGAGGUGGAGCUGAGCUUCCUCGCGGUGCGGCUGCGCUUCUGCUGCACGCUGGCGAUGGUGGCGCGGUACGAGCUGGAGGAGGUGGACGAAGUCACGGGCGAGCUGCAGCAUCGAUCCAUAGCGGACGAGCUGCUGGACCAGUUCCGCAGCCGCUUCCUGGAAGGACCGCUGCUGGAAGGCCUGCUGCAUACGUCUGAGGCUGCGGCUUGUGCUGCCACGCUGUACGCUCGGAUUAUUCUGGAGGAACUGACGGCUUGCGGUCGCGACACGCGCGCGAACCCCCUGCUUUUCAUUUAUUUACAAUUCCUACUCGAGCGCGCAGCGGUGUCCCCCAGUGGCGCGAAGCUAGCGAAGCCGGCGACAUCAGAGGAGAGCGCGCCCCCGUCGGCUGAACCUGAAACACAAGCGGGCGAUCCUUCAGUGGCCCACCAGUUGCCGUCGGAGCUGCUUCGCCACAUGGACUCGCUGUCGAGCUCCUUGUGUAUCGCUACCAUUGACCUAUUUACCAGCGUGCUGGAGCUUCAAGACGACUAUGCUGACACUGUUCUGCUCGGUCCAGUUAAUAAGCCGGAGAGUGUCGCCGAAAGUGGAAGCGAGUCCAGUCCGCGGAGACGACCCACGGCGUCGUCGAUGCUUAGCCCCGGCGCUCAAGCGAAUGGCGCGAUCUGGUUCGCCUCACGAUUCCCCGAUUCCUCGGUGGCCUCGAACGUCCACCUAUGGAAAAUCCGAGCUUUCGCUGGGCCCGAGGAUGUAGCAGAGGAAAUCCCGGCAGCCGACGACCAAGAAGACCAAGUGUUGUCGCUGCUUUCGUACAUCGCAGACGCUGAAUAUGCUGCGUGCCAGCGCGGCCCCGACGACCUGGAUGACUCGGAUGAUGAUGAGGCCGACUACCAAGAAGAGACCACUGCAGCAUCGCCGAAGUCAGGAGCGACCGGGAGCCCGACCUCGGCUGCAGUUACCGCUACUACUGCGGGAUCGACUUCUCCGUCGAGAGGGUCUUCUAGUCGGACGGCUGCUGCGCGCAACGCAAUGAAGCCCCUGCGUGAAGUUUACCUCAGCAUCAGCUUGCCUUCGUUCUCCCCAGCGGAGCCUGCAGGCCUUCGACAGAGAACUCAGUCGCAGUUCUUGCAGAGACUGACUGUUGGAAGCGAGGACGGGAGCUUGCCGCUCUUCUUACGGAUUGUUCUGAGCCGCGUCGAGAGGCUGCUGGAGAACUCGUUCCAGGAAAACCUAGCGUUGUCCGGCAUGAUCUACGCUCUCGCACAGAAGACGCGGUGUUCCUCCGUGGUGUUUGACCUGGACGAGGCUCUACCUGCAGGCCAGAGUCUGCGCAGUAUUCUCGAGGAGGUAUACGCUGAUGCCCUGCGUCGCCUAAACCGCUUGCCCAAUGGCGCUGCGCAGCUCCAAGAACUGCGCAAGAAGCUUGUGGACGACGACAACGAUGCAGCUUUGAACGACCACGAGGCGGAGACGCGGCUGCUGUGCGGCUACGUGGUGCUGGACGAAAUACUGAAGGAGCUUUGCUCACUGCUCUUCGCGCGCGAGCGCGUCAAGACGCUGCCUCUCAAGCCGGAGGGUUACUAUCUAGAGCCAAAACGCGCCGCUGGAGCUCUGUCGCCUUCGUCCGGUCUGAUGCGGGAGCGUGCGCUGUCGAGUGAGACGCUCUUCUCCGACGAGGGCUCUCAGGUUGACGCUGCGUCGCCACGGAAGCAAGGAAGUAUCGGGAAGGAGUUUGAGGCGCUACUAGCCGAGGCCCAAUCCAGCAUGGACGACCUGCUCGUUGGCCCUAGCGAAAACUCGGCGGCGCCAGCGUUAGAAGCGGAGCUCGAGUCGCAGAUUGUAUAG